UAUUUUGGAUUUUGUACUUAAGUACUUUUUUAAAAAGUAUUUUGUAUUUUAUUUGAAAUACUAUUCGAGACGUAUUUUGUAUUUGUAAAAUGGUUUGUAAAAUACAAAAUACUUUUUUAUUCUUAGCUUCAUUUUUCUAAAGCAUUCCGCGAUUCAGAAAAAGCAAAAAAUGGCCAGCACAUAGCUGCUGAAGUCAUUCGGAGCUUAGAAGGCGACAAGGAGACUUUUUAUGGAUGCCUGCAGCCAGAAUUGUAUCGAAUGCAAAAAAUGUUGGACUUAUUAAAGCAAGAAAAUCUAGUGUAUAGUGUUUGAUAAAUAUAAGUUGCAUGACACUCGUGCCAAACACAGCAUUUUAACAGCUGUGUCACAUCCCUUCUUCAAGUUAAAGUGGGUACCAAGAGCUGAAAAGAAGGAGUAUGUGGAGGAAUUGUUUAUUGCGGAAGUGCGAAUAUUCAAAAAGAUGAUUUUAAAAGUGUACACCCACAAACAUCAAUAUUGAAAAAGAAGCAAAAAAGUGAGUCUACCUAUAUGUUCAAUGAUUCAGACUCCUCGGCAACCUCUACAGAUGGCAACAGCAGCACCUGCACUGAUUUGGAGACCCUCCAAUAUUUAAGAGACGAAGACACAAGCCGGAAUAUCCUCAACACAUAUCCAACAAUAAAAAAAUUUUUUUUACGGUGCAACACUUGUCUCCCGAGUUCAGCACCAGUGGAAAGGCUAUUUUCGUAUGGUGGUAUGAUUAUGCGUCCACACAGACGCAACAUGUCAGAUGCUCUUUUUGAAGAGCUUGUGAUUUUAAAAUCUUUACUAAAUAAAGAAAACCAGUAAUUUUACCAAAGUAUUUUGAAAAUACAUAUUUUGUAAUUAGUAUUUAAAUACAAAAGGCAAAAGUAUUUUGUAUCUCGCAUUUGAAAUACUAUAUUAAAAAAGUAUUUGCAUUUUCUAUUUAAAUACUUUUCGAAAAUUAUUUUG